AGGGGAGGGACAAAGGGCGGGAAGCAACUUCAGGGCAGGUGACACCAAGUUCGGCUUCCCCAGCCCUUGCGCGUGCCUUUUUCUCUUUUACCUUAGACGGUCUCCUCUUUCCCGCCUCUUGAAACACACAACCCCCCCGAGGCUGCGGAGAGAUUAGAAGCGGGAGAGAUUAGAAGCGGGAGGCGAGUGAUAGAUAGGAAAGUCCUUAGUUGCCUGAGGAGAGGCGGCCAGAGUGACAGGGGUACCCAGCGAGCGAGUUCUCGUGGGUUUAAUUUUAUAUCAAUCUAUAUCUAUCUAUCUAUAUAGAAAGCAGCCGUGAAAUGCACUUGAAAGAUAAGGUGGCUCUGGUCACAGGGGCAGCGCAGGGCAUAGGCAAAGCCUUCACCCAAGCUCUGCUGGAAAAGGGCUGCAAGGUUGCUCUUGUGGAUUUGAAUGAGGAAGUAGGUAAGGUUAGCAAAGAUGCCUUUGACAAGCAGUUUGAUGCACAGAGAACCAUCUUUGUUCCCUGUGAUGUUUCAGAUGAAGAAAAGCUAAAAGAUGCAUUUCAGAAGACAGUGCAACAUUUUGGACAGUUAGAUAUUGUGGUUAACAAUGCUGGAGUAAAUAAUGAAAAAAACUGGGAAAUAACAGUCCAAAUUAACUUGAUUUCAGUGAUUAGAGGAACAUACUUGGGCCUGGAGUACAUGAAAAAUGAAAAUGGAGGCAGUGGAGGGGCAAUUGUUAAUAUAGCAUCACUAGCAGGACUUCUGCCUGUUGCAUACCAACCAGUGUAUUCUGCUUCAAAGCAUGGGGUAAUUGGAUUUACACGUUCAAUAGCUAUGGCUGCCACCAUAGGAAACUAUGGUGUACGGGUCAAUGCAAUCUGCCCUGGUUUUGUCAACACACCGAUUCUUCAAUCAAUUGACAAGGAAGAAAAUAUGGGCCAAUACUCAGCAUAUAAACAAAACAUCAAAGAUAUGAUUAAAUUCUACGGUAUAAUAGACCCAUCUCUAAUUGCUGAAGGAUUAAUAAGAAUUCUCGAAGAUGAUACAUUAAAUGGAGAAGUUAUGAAGAUUACAAACAAACAAGGGAUUCAUUUUCAUGAGUAUAAUUCCCUACCAUUUCAAUCAAAGCAGCAGUAAACCCUGUUAUGUGACUGUCUUGAAAAGAAAUGUUAUUUGCUUCCAUAAACUAUAUUGGAUCAAGUUGUAAUCAGCAAGAAAAUGUUACUUAAUACUGAAAAUUCAUGUGAUAUGUCAGUAUCCCAUAUGUGAAGUACUAGCUAUAUUGCAAAAUUGAUUUUAUAUAUAUAUGAAAUGUAAUAUUGUUAGUUAUUUUUAUAUCAUAUGACAUUUCAGAUUUAUGAAUAUUUGAAUACUACCCAAUUUUAUUUGUGACCUAUAUGUUUUUGGUUUUAUUGUUUUUAAAUUUGUAAACCUCCCAGAGUAGA